AUGUCAGUCUCUAGAGGCAGGCAGCACAUAAACGUUUGGUCAGAAAAAAGAACGGAGUGGCUAACACUGUCGGCAGACUUACACCCAUCUGUGAACAAUGCAAUGGAAUGUGAAUGUGAGGAAAAAUGUUCAAGGAAGAGGCGUUUCAUAACAGUAGGAGAGGGAUCUCCAUUCAUCAAGUGGGCCAAGGUCUAUCACGUGGGACGCUACGUGGAAUCUCCUUUGUAUGGUUACCAUCAAACAGGCGUUGACCAGCAUGAUGAUAUGGACACGGCUACUAAUGCUAUAUGUAUUGAAGGAGACACAGACGGCCAGGUAUCCCAGCGCUUCUCUGUUCUUCAGCCCAGCUCAGUGUUCCUGCUCCGAGAUGAAGGUCUUGAUACUGUCAGGGGUCCUUCUUGUGGCGGCUGUCUUCGCUCUGCCACAAACGAACCCUUUCCCGAAGCCUCCAAUCUCACCACUCUUCCCCGGGUUACCCAAGAACUUUACAUUCCCGGGGAGCUUUCCAUUCCCAGGGAACUUUACAUUCCCGGGGAGCUUUCCAUUCCCAGGGAACUUUACAUUCCCGGGGAGCUUUCCAUUCCCAGGGAACUUUACAUUCCCGGGGAGCUUUCCAUUCCCAGGGAACUUUACAUUCCCGGGGAACUUUACAUUCCCGGGGAGCUUUCCAUUCCCAGGGAACUUUACAUUCCCGGGGAACUUUACAUUCCCGGGGAGCUUUCCAUUCCCAGGAAACUUUACAUUCCCGGGGAGCUUUCCAUUCCCAGGGAACUUUACAUUCCCGGGGAACUUUACAUUCCCGGGGAGCUUUCCAUUCCCAGGGAACUUUACAUUCCCGGGGAACUUUACAUUCCCGGGGAGCUUUCCAUUCCCAGGGAACUUUACAUCCCCCGGGAACUUUACAUUCCCCUGGAACUUUACAUUCCCCGGGAACUUUACAUUCCCCGGGAACUUUACAAACCCUGGGAACUUAACAAUUCCCAAGCUGCCUGCUAUACUUCCCAAGCUGCCUAUUAUCAAGACUCGACCUCCAACUGGCUAAACGCAGAUGAAGCUUCCUCGGCCCACUCCAACUUAAGACAACAUGAUAUCGUACGACACACUUAUAUGUAAUAAAGUAAUAUAGGAUUACCAAUAACGACCGACAAUUUUUUUUUUAUUAACACACUCUUAGGUACAACCGCUCUAUGCUGUUACUUUAAUAUAAAUAUAUAUAUUACUUAGUAAUAAAGUAUGUAUAUCAUACUUUAUAAUGGACGUUUUGUCUUGUCCGUGCAUAACUAAAGUACACUAACUGAUCUAAGUUUAGAUAAGUUUUACAUUUAUAUAACGGGUGUAUGGAAUAAAUGUUCAACACUUCGACUCAUUUACCUCAUAAGUGUUUAGAAAGGAAAAUUAAUUGUAUUUUGUGCUUAGGCUUUCAAUAAACAUAAUCUUAA